AUGGCGUCGGACGGAGGCGCGGCGGGGGAGGAUCCGCUGUGCGUGGAGCUCCCGGAGCGACUCGCCAUCCUGCCGUUCCGCAACCGCGUGCUGCUGCCCGGGGCCAUUGUCCGAAUCACGUGCUCCGACCCCAGCAGCGUGCGGUUGGUGGAGCAGGAGCUGUGGCAAAAGGACAAGCCUGCGCUGAUUGGAAUCGUACCUGUUAUAGAGCCUCCUGGUUCCGCGGAUAGCACUGGAAGCGGUGCUGCUGCUAGUGGCAGUGCUGCUACUAGUAACGAUGCUGCUAAUGGAGGUGAUGGAAAUGCGGAAGGAGGAGCAGGAGGGACGGGAGGGACUGGAGAGACGGCAGGAGGAGGGGAAGGGGCGGCAGAGGGAAAGGCGGUAGUGCGCGUGUGGGGGCCCAGCGGACCAGAGGAGGUGACGGGGGGAACGGCGAAGCUGCUGCUGGAAGACGUGAAGUGGCACCCCAGGGGUGUGGCAGCACGGGCGCUGCAUGUGGCCAAGGGCGUGGAGAGGCCCACAGGCCGGGUGACCUAUGCGGUGGUGCUCCAGGGCGUGUGUCGCUUUGCCAUCCUCUCCAUCAACUCUCGAGGGCCGUACCACGUGGCUCGGGUGUCCCAACUGGAUGCCACACCACAGGAGGUGGACCGCGUGCGAGGGGACGACGAGGUUCGGCGGCUGGGAAGGCAGCUGCUGCGAGUGGUGGAGGAGCUGGCGCGGGUGAUGGAGCAGGAGAAGCAGCGGCAGGUGACAGGGCUGAGGAAGGUGGCAGCAGAGUCCCAGCAGGCAUCGGCUGGGGAGAUACAGAGGCUGGCAGACAUACUCGUGGCCAGCGUGGAGGGCGGGCUGGCAGCGCGCCUGGCGAUGCUGGACGCGGUGAAUCCGCGGAUGAGGCUUCAACUGGCUGCCGCUAUCAUCUCCCUGCACUUGGAGAAGCUUCGCCUGGUGCAGCAAGCCAGCAGCGGCGGCAAGAAGAAAAAAACCCCUUCCUCCUCCUCCAAACCCCCUUUGCUCCAGCUCGGCCCCCCUCCCCCCUCCUCCUCCUCCUCUACCGCUUCUGGAGGGAAGGGCAGUGGGGAAGGCGAGGGGAAGGAGCGAGGGGCGGCAGGGGAUGGCGAGGAGGGGGACGAGGAGGAGGAGGAGGAUGAUGACGAUGAUGAUGACGUGGCAGUGCUUGAAAGGCGCAUGAAGGAAGUCAAGAUGCCGCCCAACGUGUGGCGCCACGUGCGCCGUGAAUUGAAGCGCCUCCGCAAGAUGCAGCCGCAGCAGCCGGGCUACAGCACAACCCGUCAGUACCUGGAGCUUCUGAGCGACCUCCCCUGGGGCAUAUCGUCUCCCGUUACUGCUGCUGGUGCUGCUGGUGGUGGUGCUGGUGGCAGCAGCAGCGGCGCGCUGAUAGACGUGGCGGCAGCGAGGGAGCAGCUGGACAGGGAGCACUUUGGGCUGGAGAGGGUGAAGCAGCGCAUUCUCGAGUACAUCGCCGUCAGGAAGCUCAAGCCUGACGCCACGGGUCCUGUGCUGUGCUUCGUGGGUCCUCCUGGCGUGGGCAAGACAUCCCUGGUCUCUUCCAUCGCCAAGGCCCUUGGGCGCAAGUUUGUUCGGAUAGCGCUGGGAGGGGUGAAGGACGAGGCGGAUAUCAGAGGGCAUCGGCGGACUUAUGUUGGGAGCAUGCCGGGGCGACUGAUUGAAGGAGUCAAGCGUGUGGCCGUCAACAACCCAGUGAUGCUCCUCGAUGAGAUUGACAAGACGGGCGCCGAUGCCAGGGGUGAUCCAGCUGCGGCGCUGCUGGAGGUGCUGGACCCCGAGCAGAACAAGUGCUUCCAGGACCACUACCUGGGGGUCCCCUUCGAUCUCUCGCGGGUGGUGUUUGUGGCAACGGCCAACCGCGCAGCACCCAUCCCAGCCGCUCUGUUGGACCGCAUGGAGGUGAUUGAGCUGCCGGGCUACACCCCUGAGGAGAAGCAGCGAAUCGCCACGCGCCACCUCAUCCCGCGUGUGCUGGAGCAGCACGGCAUCACCAAGCGCCAUCUGCAUAUUUCGGACCACGCGGUGGAGAUGCUGAUAACGCGCUAUACUCGUGAGGCAGGAGUGAGGAAUCUGAGUCGCCUGCUGGCAGCACUGGCGAGGCACGCUGCUGUGCAGGUGGCCCAGUCCAAUCGCUGCAUCCGCAUAGCGAGGGAAGUGAGCGGGACCACUGGGACGGCUUCUACCUCUGGCUCUGCUCCUGCUGGUGCACCCAGCUCAGCUGCUACUAUCAACACGGCUGACCCGCUGGCGGCAGCAGCAGCAGUGGGAGAUGCCAAGGCGGAGCUCGAGAUGGAGGUGGAGGCGAUAGGCAUGGAGGGCAAAGAGGUGGCAGCAGUGAUGGCGGACUCAGACCCAAUUGAAGUCACAGAGGAGAUGCUGGAGAAAGUGCUGGGGCCUCCCAAGUUUGAUGGCAGGGAGGCAGCAGAGAGAGUUGCAACCCCGGGAGUGGCGGUGGGGCUGGUGUGGACGGCAGUGGCGGGCGAAGUGCAGUUCCCUCCCAAGUUUGACGGCAGGGAGGCAGCAGAGAGGGUUGCGACGCCGGGAGUGGCGGUGGGGCUGGUGUGGACCGCAGUGGGGGGGGAAGUGCAGUUCGUUGAAGCGACAGACAUGGUGGGGAAGGGAGAGCUGCAUCUGACAGGACAGCUGGGGGACGUCAUUAAGGAGUCAGCCCAGAUUGCACUCACUUGGGUCCGUGCCAGGGCAGCAGAGCUCUUCCCACCACCCCCUACCUCCACCCCUCCCUCCUCCUCCUCUCCGCCUUUCACACCAUCAGACCAUCCCUUCGAUGACACCACACCUGCUGCUCCCGACCACCUCCCUCCUCUCGGCCCCUACGGCGCAGUCUCCUCCUCCCCCGCCUCUCCCCCUACUGUCGUCCCCACCAUCCAUCCCUCCUCCUUUGCUCCUCCUGCUGUCUCCGCUACUCCUGCUGUUGCUGCUUCUGGUACUCAUGCCACUGCUGCUUCUCGCUCUGCUGCUCCGUCUGCCACUGCUGCUGCUUCUCGCUCUGCUGCUCCGUCUGCUGCUGCUGCUGCAGUUGUUGCUGCUUCUCCCUCGGCCGCUGCUGAUGCUUCUGCUUAUGCGAUCAUGGCCUACCCGAGCACUGCUGCUAUUACCAACGGCAAGAGCAGCAGUAGCAGCAUCCGCCGUGGCAGCAACAUCGUCGCAUCAUCAGCUGGCCCUGUGCCUCUCCCUCGCAAUCUCAUGGAGGGGCGAGACAUUCACAUCCACUUCCCCGCAGGUGCUGUGCCCAAGGACGGCCCAUCGGCUGGUGUUACGCUGGUAACUGCACUCGUGUCUCUCCUCUCCAACCGCUGUGUGCGGUCCGACACGGCUAUGACCGGCGAGCUCACACUCAGAGGCCUGGUGCUGCCUGUAGGAGGGGUUAAGGAGAAGAUUCUCGCUGCCCAUCGCUGCGGCAUCAGGCGAGUUAUUCUGCCCGAAAAGAACAUCAAGGAUCUCCAGGAGGUGCCAGCUGCUGUGCUGGCAUGCAUGGAGGUAGGCUGA